AUGGUGAAGGAAGAAUGGAGGGGAUUAGGCAAUGUACAGUUUUUGGAUAAACUGAAGGCACUGUCAAAAUCACUAGGUAGAUGGCACAAGCAGUACUUUGGGAAUAUACCUGAGAAGAUACAAAAGUUUGAGGACAAGAUUAAGAAAGUGGAUGAUCAGGUUAGCAACGGAGUAUAUGAUGGUACUGUAGAAGCAAGAAGGAAGGCGUUGGUAAGAUGUUGUGAGGUAUGGUAUACGAGACAAGAUAUACAUUGGAAGCAAAUGUCUAGAUCUCGACAAGCCAAGGAGAUGGACAUGAAUACUAGAUACUUCCACAAUAUUGCACCAGCAAGAAGAAGAAACAACCGAAUUGAGUCUCUAGUGAUCAAUGGAAUGCUGGUAAGGAAUCAUGCGAGAAUUAAGGUUUCCAUUAGAGACUUCUACAGGAACCUAUACCACCAGGAAGAGUAG